UACCCUCGCUCUCGCUCACUCAGUCCGUCUGUGGGGGAGGAAAAGCUAGAAUUUAUUGGAAAAAAUAUGAUUGAGAAUUAAUUUGAAGUUAUUUAAAAUUUACUGUGGUAUUACUAUUAAUUAGAUUAUUUAAGGUAACCAAAUAAAUAAAAGAAUCUCUCGAAAAUUUAAUAUUCCACUUACUGAUAAUUUUGCCGAUGUGUAAGUGUUAACAUUUCAUUUUAUACGUAAUAGAAAGGUGCGUGUUAUGUAACCUUGAAUCACGGGACCCUGUGUAUUGAUCCUGAUAUUUAAAGAUAUAUUUGAGAUUUAAGACCUAAACUACAAUCACACUGUCAAAAUGCAUCGAGCAAAAGUAAUUCUUCAAGCUUCAAGUAAAAUUGGCAACUCUGAAAGAUUUGCAUCAUGGCUUAUCAAAAAACCACAGGCUGCAGCUAUGACAGUAAAUGCCAACAGGCUAAAAAGUACAACUGCAGCGGAGCCUUUCCUCAACGGAUCCAGUUCGGCAUAUGUCGAGACUAUGUACAACAACUGGCUUACAGAUCCUAAUUCUGUACAUGCUUCAUGGGACGCAUUCUUCCGCAACGCGACAAAUGGGGCUCAACCGGGCGUCGCCUAUACACCGCCGCCAAACCUCGCGCCUUAUACGAAAAACGAAGUGCCUCUGACGUCACUUGUUCCAGCUGCCGGUGGGAUGCCUUCUAUUGCUUCCGGAUCACCUAUCAACGAAAAGAUCAUUGAUGACCAUUUAGCGGUUCAAGCCAUCAUCAGAAGUUACCAGUCACGUGGUCACCUCGUCGCGCAUCUUGACCCGUUGGGCAUCUCCACCGGUGAUCCGGUGUCAAGUGGAGAUUGGCACGGCGGCCUGCGUGCCUUCGCUAACGAAGCAGUCAUUAGGCAGCACGUACGAUUCGAUGAAGCCGAUAUGGAUAGGGUUUUCAAACUACCCUCGACCACCUUUAUUGGCGAGAAGGAAAAGGCCCUGCCGUUGAGAGAAAUUCUAAACCGCUUGGAAGAGGCGUAUUGCAACAACAUUGGUAUAGAAUUUAUGUUCAUAAACUCGUUGGAGCAAUGCAACUGGAUCAGGCAGCGAAUGGAGCCACCAAACGUCACCAAGAUGAGCAAUGAUCAGAAGAGAUUGAUUCUGGCCCGUCUCACCAGAUCUGCUGGGUUUGAAAACUUCUUGGCGAAGAAAUGGUCUUCGGAAAAGCGCUUCGGUCUUGAAGGAUGCGAGAUCCUCAUCCCGGCCAUGAAGCAGGUCAUCGACAUGUCGACCAAACUUGGAGUCGAAUCCAUCAUCAUGGGAAUGCCUCAUAGAGGUCGUCUUAACGUAUUGGCGAAUGUUUGCCGUAAACCGCUGCAUCAGCUGUUUACACAGUUUGCGGGAUUGGAGGCUGAAGAUGACGGCUCCGGUGAUGUAAAAUACCAUUUGGGUACAUACAUCGAGCGCCUGAACCGCGUCACCAACAAGAACAUUCGUUUGGCAGUGUGCGCUAACCCUAGCCACUUGGAAGCAGUCGACCCCGUAGUGCAGGGCAAGACUCGCGCCGAGCAGUUCUACAGAGGAGACAACGAAGGCAAGAAGGUAAUGUCUAUCCUUCUCCACGGAGAUGCUGCCUUUGCCGGCCAAGGCGUGGUCUUCGAGACGAUGCACUUGUCAGACCUGCCCGAAUACACCACCCACGGCACCAUUCACAUUGUGGCCAACAACCAGAUCGGGUUCACCACGGACCCCAGGCAUUCCAGGUCGUCUGCUUAUUGUACAGACGUAGCUCGCGUGGUCAACGCCCCAAUAUUCCACGUGAACAGCGACAACCCCGAAGCCGUGAUGCACGUGUGCAACGUGGCGGCCGAGUGGAGAGCCACCUUCCACAAGGACGUGGUCAUCGACAUCGUCUCCUACCGCCGCAACGGCCACAACGAGGUGGACGAGCCCAUGUUCACGCAGCCGCUCAUGUACCAGAAGAUUCGGAAGACUAAACCUGUACUCGAAAUCUACGCGGACCGUCUGAUCACGGAGGGCGUGGUCACCGCGGAAGAGGUCAAAGACGUGAAAGAUAAAUAUGAAAAGAUCUGCGAAGAUGCGUACAACCAGGCCAAGCAAGAGACACAUAUCAAGUACAAGGACUGGCUCGACUCGCCCUGGUCUGGCUUCUUCGAGGGCAAGGACCCGCUUAAGAUGUCCCCAACCGGAGUGGUAGAAGAAACACUAGUCCACAUUGGAAAGCGUUUCUCCAGCCCUCCCCCCAACGCAGCCGAGUUCGAGAUCCACAAAGGUCUGCUACGUAUCCUCAAAGCCCGCAUGGAGAUGGUCGAGAAACGCACCGUGGACUGGGCGUUGGCCGAGGCUAUGGCUUUUGGCUCUCUGUUGAAAGAAGGCAUCCACGUUCGACUCUCCGGAGAAGAUGUGGAGAGAGGAACUUUCUCGCACAGACAUCACGUACUGCACCACCAGAAAGUGGACAAGGCGACGUAUUGUGCGCUGGCGCAUCUUUACCCUGACCAGGCGCCUUACACUGUCUGCAACAGCUCCCUCUCCGAGUAUGGUGUACUUGGCUUCGAAGUGGGUUACUCGGUGACCAAUCCAAAUGCCCUCGUGCUAUGGGAGGCCCAGUUCGGAGACUUCAACAACGUGGCCCAGUGCAUCAUUGACCAGUUCAUCUCCAGCGGUCAGGCAAAGUGGGUGCGACAAUCCGGUAUUGUUCUGCUGCAGCCUCACGGUAUGGAGGGCAUGGGCCCAGAGCACUCGUCCGCCCGCCUUGAGCGUUUCCUGCAAAUGAGCUCCGACGACCCUGACUACAUGCCGCCCGAGAGCCAUGACUAUGAGGUACGUCAGCUCCACGACUGCAACUGGAUAGUGGCAAACUGUUCCACUCCAGCAUCGCUGUUCCACAUCCUGAGGCGUCAGAUCGCGUUGCCCUUCCGCAAACCUCUCAUCCUGAUGACGCCCAAGUCGCUCUUGAGACACCCUGAGUGCAAAUCCUCCUUCGACGAUAUGGCCGAGGGCACUACGUUUAAAAGAGUGCUGCCAGAGGAAGGCCCGGCUUGUGAGAAUCCCGAGAAAGUCCGGAAAGUAGCUUUCUGCUCUGGACGCGUUUACUACGACCUUCUCAAGGAACGACGUGACAGAGGGCUGGAGAAGGAUAUCGCUAUUGUUCGCUUGGAGCAAAUAUCUCCGUUCCCAUACGAUCAGCUGAAGAGUGAGAUCGCGAAGUACCCCAACGCUCAGCUCGUUUGGAGCCAGGAGGAGCACAAGAACAUGGGUUCGUGGAGCUACGUCGAACCCAGAUUCCGCACCCUGCUGAGGAACCAGAAACAAAUUAGGCGUAGUUCGGAAGGGGGCGGGUGGUUUAGCCAACUCUUGGGCCGCAGUGAGCCACAGACAGACACACAAACCGAGAUCAUUCCGCGCACCAUUAGCUACAACGGCCGAGCGACCGCCGCGUCUCCGGCCACAGGCUCCAAAGCCGCCCACAACAAGGAGCUGAAGAACUUGCUUGACGAAUUUUGCGUUUUAUAAAUAUUUUCAAACUAAAUUUUCUCCCACAGAAGGCAAUAGUUUUUUCGAAAUUGUAUCUCGGAAUUUCUUUUCAGUAUUUUUUAUUACUUAGAGUACUUAGGUAAAUUCUUAUUUAUUUUUUCUAGUUUUACUUUUGACGUUUCGAUGUAAAUAAAAUGUAGUGUAAAUUUGUAGUUGCCGUUGAGUCGAAGCCCUUUGUUAGUCGGAGCUGCGUAACUUGAGGCACGUACAAAAAAAAUUCGUAGUAAUUAUAAUGUAAAAUCUGUAAUUUAUGAUAUUGUUUAAAAUAUUUUUAAACUUACUGUAAAAAUUUAAUAUUUAAUGGCCAUAGGCAAUCCUAUAAAUACUAUAACAGUCUACUAACACUUAUAACUAAAGCUCAGUCUGACUGAUUACUGAGUACUAAGUAGACUGAUUUAGUUAUAAGGUGAGUUUAAUUCCUGUUAUGCAUUAAAACUAUCUAUAAACAAGUAGAAUUUUGAAUUAAGAACUUAACUAAAUCGAGUUUUAAAUUUACUAUUGUAGUUCGAAUUUUAAAUUAAGAACGAAGAGUUCGAGUUUUUAAUUAAGAACGACGAUAAUUCCAAAUUUGAAUUGAGAACAAAGAUAGUUCGAAUUUUGAAUUGAGAACGAUGAUGUUUCAAUAAAAAUUCUUGUAUCCUUCAAUGAUAUUUCAAGAUAUUACAUAGAUGUAACAACUUAGGCUUUUGCUGUAAUUUCAAUAGUUACCGCGGCACGGCUGUCUGUAAGGGUUAACACCAAAUCAUUUUGAAUUUAGCAAUUUAGGCGUAUUAUAUUGUCCAACACAUGCUUUGUUUUGUGCACAUUUUUUUGAAAUCGGCUCAGAGUGAAUGUAUGUAAGGUUAUGAAUGAAUGUUUGAAAGGUCUGAGCUAUUUACGUUACAUUGUCUAGAUUUACAAAUAUACAUAUUCGAAUGCUAA